AUGGCCACUCAUGAUCGUCGGAAGAGUCCUCGGUCAACGGCUCGAGGGAAGGGGGAUAAAGGGCGGCAGUUGAGUGGGAGGGAGGUUGAUUGGGGAGUGAUGCAGGAGAAGGAUUGGGACUGUGUAUGGGAGGCGUCUACGCUGGCGGAGGACAACCCUGUGAUCGAGUCCCCUCUGGAUUUCCUACCACCUCGUUGCCACUCCAAUGAUCGGCCUGCCCUAGAAGAUGUGUUGAGGGUGUUGGACUCUAUAGUGGUGGGUGAAAUGGCCUUAACGGGAUUCCAACCUUUGCACUGUCGUCAGAGUCCUAAGGAGUUUAAUAAUCUAGUGGACUCAUUUCGUGAGGGUAUGGGGGAGAAGGCUGACGAGGAGCCACAGUCUGUCGCUGAAGACCAUGAACAUAGACGAUGCAACAUAGAAGAGGAUAAGCUAAGCUGGAACCAACUGCGUAUGGAAGACUGGGAGGGGGUCUGGAAAGCAUCAAAGCUCGCUAAUACUAUAGCCAAGUCCCCAUUAGACUUCCUACCAUCUCAUAGCUCAUCUGGCGAACACCGCUCCGCCCUGCAGGCUGCGUUGGGCGUGCUCGACGCUAUAGCGACUCCUGCAGACUUGAACCGCCUGGUAGAGGCCUUCCGUAAGGGGACUAGGGACUCACCUUACAAGAGGCCGCGACCAGCUCGCGUUGAUGGAGGACCCAACACAACCGACUUGUCGAUUAAGAAGAGUGGGGGUGUUGCGGGAAAGCGCAGUGGGAGGAGCAGUGGUCGCGCUGCAGCGCCAGAAGGGGUACAGGCUGAAGAUGCGACUCACUCUAAUGCAUCGUUGCCGGCUCCAGAAGGUGGACCGACGAAACGCAGGAGAGGUCGAAAGCCUGGGCCUGUGGCCAAGGCGAAACCUAGGCAGGAGACCGAGAAGGAGAAGGAGGAGCGGUUGAAGGCAAUUCAGUUGGUUGUUGAUGAGACCAAGGAGGAGGUCCAAAGGCAGCAUAAUAAAGUGUCGAAGUGGAGCACUAACAAGACUAAGGAGGAGAGUUCUACAGGGACAGACUCUAGUUGGCGUCGGCGGAGUCCAGCUAGGUCUGCAACAAGUAGCGAGAUCUCCUCAUCUGCUGCCCCUGUCGUUAGUGACAAGAUCAAGUCCUUGAGUGCUAGUAUCAAGGAGCUCCUAGGCUCGACUAAGCAUGCUACGGUGGAGGCUGCAGGUGGGGAGAAGACGAGUAAUGGUAAGGGCGUGAAGAGGGAGGCCGAGGUCGCUAAAAAGCCGAGGCAGACUAAGAGGCCCAGGCAGGCCAAGGUUGCUAAACCAAAGCCAACUCCAGUUCAAGAAAUUAUUCCACCAGGAGAGUCUAAGGAGAGCGCGCCCUCGAGUGAAACUGCUGUUGUUGCUGCUGAGGUUCCCCCCGUGUCGGUGAGUAGUCCUAGCCCUUCCUCAAGUGUACCCACUAUUGCGGUAUCUCCUAGUACAGUAUCGUCUGGGUCGGCCCUUGAUGAUCUCUAUAGCGCCCUCAGUCGAGAGAUGGGUGUCGAAUGA